UAAAGUUUAAAUGUAUACAAUUAUUACUUAUCUCAUCAAAGUGAUAGAUAAAAAGCAAUCUGAAGACUGAGCUGUAUUACUUAUAUUGUACAAUGUUAACUUUCAUUGGAACCUAAAGUAAAAUAAAUAAAAUAAAUAAUGAGGAAUACUAACGUUGAUCAUAUCUGGAGGACAUUGGGUCCGUUAGGGAAAUAUCAGUGUAAACAAAUGGGAUCGUAUCUAUUAUCACUGAUAGCAUGGGCUUUUCAAGGGCUUAAUAUUGUAUUUAUAGGACAUAGACCUGACUUCCAAUGCAGACCCUCUAAUAAUGACUCUAUGGUAAACAAUAUAACAGAUAUACAUAAGGAAUAUCAGCAGUGUAUGAUUGUAACGUAUACAAACACGUCAGACGGUGUGUUCAAAUCAUCAAGCCCAUGCGAUAAUGGUUGGGAGUAUGACGCUCCGGUUGAUCAAUCGUUUGUAACUGAGUGGAACUUCGUUUGUGAGAAUGCAGAGCUCGGAGAACUGACACAGGUGCUGUAUCUCGUCGGCAUGAUGAUCGGAACUUUCAUAUUUCCAACUUUGUCGGAUCGCUUUGGAAGAAAACCUAUUAUGGUUAUGGGUCACGUGACAGUUUUUGGAGUUUCUCUUGCAACAGCAUUUAGCGGAAACUAUGUUGUCUUUGUGAUUUUGCGCUUCUUGGCGGGAUUCUGUCAACAGGGUCUUCUAGCUGGUACAACGCUUUCUUUAGAAACUCUCCCAGCAGAGAUCCGUCAUUACUGUGAAGUUUUAGCCCUACUAUGUUGGACUUCAUCGAUAUGUUUAAUGUCUCCAAUAGCCUACGCUCUUCGCAAUUUUCCAUGGAAAUAUCUUCAAAUCACCUAUGCUAUGUGUAGCGCCUGGUCCAUAUUCCAGUGGUGGUUUACCGACGAGUCACUGCGCUGGGUCAUAGCAAAUGGUCAGAUUGGUAGGGCAAAGGAAAUUAUCAAAAAUGCAUGUAAAUGGAACGGUAAAGACUAUACAGAAGUAAUGGAGAAGAUUGGAUGGGGAGGCCUCCUUGAUGCUGAUAGUAAACUUGUGAUUAUGACUGACUAUAACAGUGAAAAAGAACAAACAGCACUUGGACCUUUGACUGCAGAUAUUGAUGAACAUAAUAUCGCUGAUAAUCAUCAAACUGCUUUGAACCAGAUCAAUAGUAACGCUCAAGCCGCGCGUGGUCCUCUGGUACGUCAGAAUGGUUUUGAACGCUCAGAUUCAGAACCGGAAGUAGUAGACGAGGUCAGUCAAGAUAACGAUUUGAAAGUACAAAAAUACACGAUUUUUGAUAUCUUCAGGCAUAAACGUAUCUUGAUAGUGUCAAUGAUCAUGUGGUAUUCAUGGAUUUGUGACAGUUUUGUGUACUUUGGUUUGUAUAUGACGUCAUCAGAUCUCUAUGGUGACCGAUAUCUCAACUUCUUUCUGAGUGCCGCAGUUGAAUAUUUUUCAGCCUUUAUAGAGUACUUGUGUCUAGCCAGGAUAGGACGUAAAUGGACAGCUAUCAUUGGUCAUAUCAUUGCCGCUGUAGGGUUGGCUGUCGCUACAGGAUUAACAUACACAGCAGGUAAUAGAUAGUUAAGCAAAUGAAUAUAUAUAAUAUUUUGCAUCGCCCCGUUUAGCUCAACAGGUAGAGCGUUGGUUUGUGAAUAGGGUGACCCGGAUGGCACA